UCACUCUAGGCGUUGUUUUGUUGUUGAUUUCUAAGUUGCAGGUCGUUUAGACCUCUCUCUCUCUCUCUCUCUCUCUCUCUCUCUCUCUCAUUUUUUAUCUCAAGUCUUCUCCUUCUUCUCCAUUCUCCAUUGCCAUCUGCAAGAAUUCGUCACCUGUUUAAAGAAUUAUUAAUCACAUUAUUUCAAGAAAGCAAUUCUUGCACAUAUAUCUGCUCUGAAAAUGGACCCAUUGUUGGUUCCACCAUGGCUAGAGUCAUUACUAAGCACAGCUUUCUUCUCCAUCUGCCGUACACAUAGAGAUGCAGCAAGAAGUGAAUGCAAUAUGUAUUGCUUAGAUUGUAAAGGUGAUGCAUUUUGCUUCUAUUGCCGUUCUUCAAGACACAAAGAUCAUCAAGUAAUCCAGAUAAGGAGAUCUUCAUAUCAUGAUGUAGUGAGGGUUGCAGAGAUUCAAAAGGUACUGGACAUAAGUGGAGUUCAAACCUAUGUGAUAAACAGUGCCAGAGUAUUGUUUCUCAAUGAGAGGCCACAGCCAAAAUCUGGGAAAGGAGUUCCUCACAUUUGUGAAAUUUGCGGGAGAAGCCUUUUGGACCCAUUUCGUUUUUGUUCAUUGGGAUGCAAGCUUGUAGAAAUAAAGAGAAAUGGAGAUGCAAGCUUUACCUUAGAGACUAAGAAUGAGGAAUUAAUGGAAAGAAGAGAAGGGAUAUCAUCAAGAAUGGUCAAAUCAAGAGAGGAUCAUGAAGAAUUGCGUGAAGGACCACAACAAGACAUUUACCCGCCUACGCCUCCUCCACCUCCCACUGCUAGUGCAAGAAGAAGAAAAGGCAUUCCUCAUAGAGCUCCUUUUAGGUCUUAAUUAAUCAAUUAAUUAAAAACACCUAUAGUAUAUUCCAUCACCCCAUCAUUUGUUGCACAAAUUACUCCCUACGAUUCCUUCCCAUGGGGUCAAUUGACCUUAACUAAAGAAAGUGUAGGGUACCCUUUGGUUGGAGUGUCCAAAAAUCCAAGAGGGGUUAGUAAAUUACCCUUUUGGGUUUUGGGUCCCAUGCAAGAAAAAAUUCUCUCUUGUGAAGUUGCAAUAAUGCAUACACUUUGUUAUUGAUAUAGUUGCAAUGUGUGCAUGUCAUUAAUAAAUUAAAA